AUGCAGCUCACGACAUUGCUGUACUCCUUGACGCUGGUCCUUGGGGCAUCAGCAGUCUCUGUUCCUAGCCCCGUCGACCUCAUUCGCCGCGCACACACCACUGGCACAGUGAUCACGAAGUGCUCGAAGCCAGGUGUACUAGCGCUCGCUUUUGACGAUGGGCCGUACACAUACACCUCAUCCUUGAUCGACAAGCUAGACGCCGCCGGCGCGAAAGGCACUUUCUUCUUUACUGGUACCCUUUACGGGUGCAUCUACAAUCAGAGAGCCGCUGUCAAGAAGGCCUACGACAAUGGCCAUCAAGUGUCGUCGCACACAUGGACACACGCCAAUCUCGCCAACCUCGGCACUUCUCAGAUCCAAACUGAGAUUACUAAGGUCGAGCAGGCCUUCGUCAACAUCUUCGGCAAGAAGCCGGCCUACAUGCGGCCGCCGAACCUGGCCACCAGCAGCAGCAUGCUGUCGGUCAUGAAGCAGCUGGGCUACGUGGUCAUCACCGACGACGUCGACGCCGGCGACUGGAACAAUCAGACCCCGCAGCAGAGCGAGCAGAAGUUCACCCAGGCCGGAGCCAGUGGCAACGGCCACAUCCCCUUGAUGCACGAAACCUACGACACGACCGUCAACACGCUGGUGCCGUGGCUGAUCAACUGGGCAAAGACCAACAAUCUGAAGAUCGUGACCGUCGCUGAAUGUCUCGACGACGCUGCAAACAUGUACCAGCCAGGCACCUUCACCGGAAAUGGUGCAACCAGCUGCUAA